CAGUUCAACGAGCGCGACUAUACGGUGAGCAAGCCGUGUUCUCGUGACGCCCGUUGUAAUAUGACAUACACAUAAAUAUACACAUAAAACAACAUCGACGCAUCUCGAUUCUUGUACCUUACUUUAAACCCGUGUCUGUUUAUCAAUGAAAAGUAAACGAUAGUAUGUUUCGAGAUAUAUGAAUCGGUUAGUACGUAUUCACGGACCAUCGGGUUAGUUUCGUAUACGAGCUAUACGGAGCGCGAUAAUCGUAAAUUUGGGAUUGUCUCACAUUCCAUUUCAAAGUCAUCAGGACUAUCAAGAGAAAUGUCUUACAACUAGGAGAUAUUGUUUGGUUCCUUUUAUUGUUUUGAAUGAAAUUAUUUAAAAUUUAUGCUUUACGAAAGGCUGGACAUUUGAUUAGCACCGGACAAGAAUAAAUCUACUUUUUGGACACUGAUUAUUAAAGGAGAACAAUUUGAAUAUUUUUAAAAGGAGAGUGGGCUUACCUUAAACCUCCAACAACUUUCAAUAUUCAAAGGUUAUAAGGUUUACUAAUGUUAAAUCAGCACUGCAUUAGCAUUUACAAAAACAUGGCCAAACCCAUUGGAUGUGAUACAUUACCUAAAAGCUCCUUCAGCACUCUGUCAGGGGCGGGGUCUGCUAUCGCACGAUGAGCUCUUUCCAAUUUCAAACGCAUCGCUCAUGGACCCACAACUUAUUACUGUUUAUUUUAGUGUUGGGCAGAGCGUCGAGAUUGCACUGUUUAGACCCAGCACACCCGUCUAUCAAGUAAAAGGAAUAUUUCGAUCUGCUGUGGAAGCUGGUCCCAGCGACAUUCUGAAGUUGUACAACGCUGCUGGUCAGCUACUUAAUAUCAGCGCCGAUUUGCCGCCAAAUACGCCUAAUAAUGUGUAUUCUCUUAAGGUUGUAGCAGCAAAUGGUCUACCUAUGUUACAAGAAUCGACCUGUGUGAAUCUAAAAUCGCUCGAAGCUCGAGUAUCUGCUGUUGAGAGGCAGAUGCGAGCCGAGCUUCCUUUACCUCCGGUAGUAGAAGAUCUAAGAAAGGAAGUUGAAGUAUUUCGAUAUAAAUUGGAAACAGAUGAAAGCCUGAGCUGGCUUGGGUUUUAUAAGCAACUUCCAGAACCACUGUCUAGUGAAGAAUGUCGACGAUUGCAAUAUAGAAGAAAAAGCGAUUCUGUUAAAAAGAGAGUUAAGCAAAAUUUUGCUCAUAUUUGUGACGCCCAAGUUUCCGAUGCUAUCCGUCAAUGGCUUCGUACACCAAGUUUCGAUGCACGUCCAUGGGAAGACGAAGAGCUUCUCUUACUUCUCCAGCAGAUGUAUUUGGACAUGGAUUUUUGUGCCAAUUUUGCUAUUGAUAUUACCACCCUAAGAAACUUUUUAUACGAGGCUUAUAAGAACUACAACGACGUGCCCUUCCACAAUUUUCGACAUUGUUUUUGUGUAGCACAAAUGCUUUAUGCAAUUUCGUGGUGCGUAGAUCUUCCGAGUAAGAUUGGAGAUUUAGAAGUGCUGAUACUAUUAACUUCAUGUAUAUGCCAUGAUUUGGAUCAUCCAGGAUACAACAACAUUUACCAAAUUAAUGCCAAAACGGAAUUAGCGAUCCGAUAUAAUGACAUAUCACCUCUGGAAAAUCACCAUUGCAGCGUCGCCUUUAGGUUAUUAGAAAAUGAAGACUGCAAUAUUUUUAAAUCGUUUAGCAGUGAAGAUUUUAAACAAGUUAGAGAGGGAAUGAUUCGAUGCAUAUUGGCAACGGAUAUGGCGAGGCACAAUGAGAUUCUUACAAACUUUAGAGAAAUUGUGCCUAAUUUUAAUUAUGAUGAAAAGGCUCAUAUAAAUUUAUUAUGCAUGGUAUUAAUAAAAGUCUCAGAUAUUUCCAAUGAGGCACGACCCAUGGAUAUAGCCGAACCAUGGUUAGACAGACUUCUGCAAGAAUUUUUCAAGCAAAGCGAUGCAGAAAAAUUAGAAGGCCUUCCUGUCACACCUUUUAUGGAUCGCGAAAAGAUCACCAAACCCGCAUCACAAUGUUCGUUUAUCGGAUUUGUUUUGUUACCCUUAUUUGAGGCUUUAGGAGACCUACUUACUGAACUUAAAGAUCUGAUAGUACAACCAGUCAGAGAUGCAUUGGACUACUACAGAAAACUAAACGACAUGACAAGAGAAGAAAGACUGCAUCGCAAAAGUAUUGUAGCUGAAUUGGCUGUUAACGGUGGCCAUCAGCAUAACUCGGCAAAUCAGAGUCCAGAUAGUAGUGGAAAUGGUCCUCUUCUUUCUAAAUCUGUUUCUAAUUUCAGCUUUAAUAAGACCAAAGCUUUAUCAUAUAGGUCUAGAUCUCGAUCAACUGAAGAUGAAACUGAAAUAAGCCUGGAGGGAUCUGCUCCGCCCUAUAUGGAAGAUCAGAGCCUGGAAGACGUCUUGGAAGAUCCAGAGAGCGGGGACUCUGAAACUGCUAAUGAAGUGGAGGUAUCCGAGAAAGCUCUUAAAUUUAAGAUCUCCACCGAAUGUAGUAUAUCCACUGCCGGUCGAAAAAGUUAUCCCGGAUCAAGAAAGGGUAGUAGAGACCGAGGCCAACAGCUCAAUCACUCUGAUCUCACACGAAUGAUGCAAAAGGGCAAACUAAGAAACACUGCUUAUAGUUUUGACCAUCAAUUUCUAUUUGACAACAAGAAACAAUCAUUUGAUAGCCCUUUAUUUUUAGAUGAGUAUGCCCUUACAUUGAAGAAAAAGUUUGAGGAGGGGCUCGUAGCUAGAAAUAAUGCAAAUGAAAAUGGCGAAAAGAGCAUAUUGUCCAAAGAAACUAUAAAUUUAAAUAAACGUAAUUUUGGACACUCUGUAAAAGUAGCUGAAGAAAAGAAAAGUAUUUUAAAAUAUACAGACAAAAACCACGUGCGUGUAGAAGAUCUAAAGUUAGAUAGAAGCCAUAAAGAACAUACUCUUAAAUCGAGUUUAAAGAACAAUAAAAUAAUAAGUACACAGACAGAUAAAAAGUAUAAGUAUUCAGACGAAUGUGACAAUAGCAUAAUUGCGCAAAAUGACUGCAAUCCAUCAUCAUCAGUAGAAACAAAAAUAAAUAGAUCUAUAUUAUCGCGGCUUAGACAGUUUACGAACAGAUUUGGCGUUUCACAGGAUUCCAAGGUUAAACAUCAAGACAAUAAUAACUGUACUGCUAAUAAUUCUCAACAUGAAGGAUACAGUAGAUGCUUAGAUCAAGUAGAAAGUAGAAAAAGUAGCACCACAUUCCUUAAAUCCAAAGCGAGUAUAUCCAAAAGGUGGAAAUAUUUUAUUUUAGGCAAAGAAAAGGACUGGUCUUCCGUUGACAAAUUUAAUAGUGACAGUUUAGAGACUGACAAUCAUUCAUCAUCUCUUCCCUCUACUUCACAGAUAAAAAGCAACUGCUUAAGAAUACAUAAAUUGGACAGCUCUCCUCCUGCACACGAAAGUAAAAAAGACUUAAUAGACAAUAUUUUAGUGGAUAAGUGUAAAGUGUUACUACAAGAAUCAGAUAUCAAAAAUCCUAAUGUAAUUUGACAAGAAGUAAACAUUCCGGAACAGGAAUGUUUUACCAAAUAUAUAUUUUGUCAAUGUUGUACAUAUAAAUCUAAUCCUAAUGAAACUGUUUAGACAAAUAGCAACUAUGUUUUUUAGUUGUUAUAUUUAUUGUUUGUUAUUUAGGUAGCAUACGACUAAGAUAUUGAUUAAGAAACGUACAAUUUAACGGUAUUAAAUUCAUAUAAUAUGAUAAUAAACAAAAUUAAAAACA